AAGUUCCACGAGCCGCGUGCAGACGUGUCCCUUUCGCGUUCCUCACCUGGUCGUAAACAGACAUAGCGUUUCGAGUUUGAAAACAGUUUAAUAAGCCGCCCUCGAGUAACCAUCGAUUUUAAUUUAAACGAUCGAUCGAGGAUCUAAGGCGCCAAAAGCAGCGGCAGUUAACCAGUCGACUGCGUUCAACUUGAGCGGAACCGGUUCGCUGAUCAAAACAACAACAGACGUUGGGUGGUCCAAGCAGGAACCGAGACUGAAAUUCCUCUUCGAAGAGCGAAACAAGAGUUUCAGGUGCGAAACUCGCGCAGCGAACCGUGACAGACCGGAAGAGGCGAAAAGGGAACGGCGCGCAAGAGGACGGUGGGGCAGCACCGUGACUAUGUAAACUACCAGCAAAAACAGUUGUGGCAGCGCGUGCGCAGGGCGUAGAAACCCGAAGAAACAAACGUCCGGGAGCAGACAGCUGGGGACGACAACAGUAUCGGCGUUCGAGCGCGACGAUAGGUGACACGAGGAUAGAGUCGAAGAAGUCGAGGAUAGGCGACAAGACCGGAGCAGUGUUGAAAGUAGACAAAGAAGCCCGCAAACUGGCUCCGGAGGUGAGGAUCAAGCAAAUUGGAAUGAGGGAGGACCUGUUGUCCAUAAUACGACACACGAGCAGCGACCAUUUCUCGGAAGAACUUUAGCCAGUCGAGAGGCGAAGGGAAACAAGGAGAGGAGCGAUAGCUUAACGAGUAUUCCGUACAAAUAGAGGGCUCCUGCUCGCUGGAUAUUCGAAGCGUCGCCAGGGUCCCUUUCAUCCUCUGUAUUCGAAACCGUCCCCUGCGCAUACCUGACGAAAGGCUCGAGGGAAAACUCCAAGAGGUUCUUGGUUCGUCGGCUUGGGGGCAGCAAGUCUCGAUCUAACGGAAGCUACGAUUCCGAGCCGCUCGAAGAGAAAUUUCGCGCUCCAGGCUGAUAUAUCCUUCGAGAAGGGAACAACGAGCCAACGAUAACGCUGACCGAUAACGCCUCUAACGCGUCGGACGUGCGGAGGGGUGUCUCCAGCACCGAUACCAUGGCUCCGAGCAUCGAGGACCAGAGCCAAGAACCUGGUAAGGAGAAGAUCGCGAUGAGGACGCCAGGGAUAACGAAAUCGCCGCGCAAGUUCGCGGGGGUCGUCAUCGCGAUGUGCGGACUUCCCGGUCGCGGAAAAAGCCAGGUCGCGCAUUGCCUUUCGCGCAGACUCAACUGGAACGGCUAUUCCACUAAAGUGAUGAGAGUGAGCGAGUAUCGAAGGAAGAGGCAUCCGUACGGGGAGUCGGUGUCCCACGAGCUGUUUCGACCGGAUCACACAGCGAAUGCAGCGUUGAGGGCCACGGCCCAGAGAGAAGCGAUGCAAGACUGCGCAGCGUGGCUUGCAUCUGGAAACUCAGUUGCUAUUCUGGACGCCACGCUGGUGACUCGAGCGCAGCGCGCCGAGGUCUUCGACUAUUUUUCCGGGCAGCUCGGUCAUCGCGUCCUCUUCAUCGAGUGCGUCUGCGACGAUCCUGUCGUGCUGGAGGAAAAUUACAAGGAGAUACUGCGCUACAGCACCGACUACGUCGGUGUGGACCCGGCGCGUGCCGAAGAGGAUCUGAGGUUGAAGGUGGCCCACUAUGUACGAUCGUACGAACCCAUGGACGAGAAGAAUUAUCCUAGGAUACGCGUCGACACCGCCACCAUGGACAUCCAGACCUGCAAGGUGUCUGGCCACAUCGAGACCAACGUCCUGGGGUACCUUGGCAGCGUCAACCUCAAGCCCCACACUCUUUACUUCUCUCGACACGGAGAAAGCGAGUACAACGUCCUGGGCAAAGUUGGCGGCGACGCGGUUCUGAGCGCUCGCGGCGAGAGAUACGCGCAGGCAUUGGCGACCAAGUUCAACGCGAUGCGUAUACCAGAUCUUCGUGUCCUGACGAGUCGCCUGCGAAGGACCAUCGCGACUGCUCGAGGCGUCGAGGCGCCUCAGGAGCACGUGGCAGCGCUCAACGAGCUUCACGCUGGAAUCUGCGAGGGCCUCUCCUACGAGGAAAUGCAGGAGCACUAUCCACAGGAGUUCGCUUGGCGCGACCAGGACAAGCUGCGUUAUCGUUAUCCUUGGGGCGAGAGUUACAUCGACGCUAUGCAGCGCGUGGACCCGGUGCUAGCCGACCUCCAAACGUCCGACAACAUCCUGGUGGUGUCCCAUCAAGCCGUCCUGCGCUGCAUCAUCGGUUUCUUCAUGGACAAAAAGCGAGAGGAGCUGCCGUACAUGGAGGUCCCCUUGCACACCAUCAUCCGCGCCAGCAGCCAAGGCUACAACUACAAGUUGGAGUUCUUCAAGCUGCCCAUUGAAUGCGUCAACACCACUCGCGUGAAGCCGAAGAAUUGCAGCGCCGACAGAACCGCGGACGACGCACUGAUCACCGUUCCCGCGCACUUCGACAUACCCGAUCCUUGGAGGAAUCCUGGCAGCGGACCCACCCUCGUGCAGCAGCACUGAGACACCGCUGGACGUUCCACGAUCGCGUCCAAAAUUCGAUCCCUGUUUGGUUGCAAUCUUCUGGGAUUUCGAAAGUAACGUGUUGAAUUACAUGUGAAGGGAAAGUAAACAAUUUCUUGUUCUUGGUAUCCUGCGAGACUCCAACUUGCUUCUCGCUGAUUGUAACGUGCUGCUGGAGAAUGGUAGACGGUCCUCUCGGGGUGCAUUGAAAAUUAAAUGUAGGUGGAAGGUGGUUUUAGAAGCAGGGGAGAUUCGUAUCACGCUUUAUUGAUGAUUAAAGCGCGAAUCUUUUGUGUCUUGAGGUAAAGGAAGAUCAAAGGUGUGUAGAGUUUCUGCUCAAGGAAUUGGUUUCCUGUAACAAUCGAGGUUUUCUACUCAAUACAGUUAGUCCCAUAGAUAUCCAUACCCUCUUAUAUCCAUUAAAGAAAUUUGUUUCAAUUAAAUGUAUAAAUAUAUACAUUUGGUAAUAUUAAAACUAUGAAUAUUUGUGGAAUUGUCUGUAUGCCUUCACUUACACUGCUUUUAUAAUGAACCAUUUACCAGUUUGCAAAUAUUAAGCGUCUACAUUUAAUGCUUCAAUGCACCGAAGACUUUAUCCUGCAAAAGCACAUUAAAAUCUGCGGAGAAUAAAUUGAAGCCUUCUUUUCUCGAAGGAGCCCUCUUCGGGUUCAUUUCAAUGAAGGGACCCAAGGCAUUGCAUUAAUGAAUCUCCCUGGAUCUACAAUAUUAAAAAUAUCAAGAAGAGAGUGCACCUUUCCCUAUACACAUCUAAAUUUACGAAGAUGGAUCAAUAUUUCAAAAUUCACCUUGUUAAGAUACAGUCAGUCCCAGUGUUCGUACUCUCUGUAUUAAAUGUGAAGUUUGAUGUUUCCAAGUAAAUUUUUAUUAUAAAUACAUGUAUAAAACCUAUUCGUGUACGUAUGGAACAUUUAUUUCAAAACAUCGAGUCCAUCAUUUAAUUUAGGCAAACCACGGAGAGAACGAUACUUAUGGGACUGUAGGAUCGAAUACUGAAGAGCCGCGCGAUGAGGAACAUGUUUAGCUUAUUCUUAGCGCGAAGUUCGGUGAGGUUCUUAAAAGAUAUAAAAUCGAUAACACGGGAUGAUGCUUGGAUCGAUCACGAUUCCAUUGAUUUCGCGAGAGGAAGGUGAUUGUGGCGAGGAUAUAUAUUUGUCCGGAACACAGUGGUGAAAGAAGGGAACCGAAAGGAGUGUGGAACGAAAAUUUAAUUCUUUUGAUUAACAACCGUUCGAUUCGAUCGUUACCGAUCGUUUCGUUCGAUACUGACCGCCAGUCUUCCUUCGCCAUUUGGUUUCUCAUUGGCAGCGACUAUUGAAUCGACCUGCUGCUCGAGCCCUCUAUACGAUACCCUUAGAUGCUUAGUUGUUAUUUUAGAUGAUAGACAAGUGAAUCGAUGUUGUAUUAGCCUACGUAUCCAUAAGAACGCUCGACACUAGUUGUUAUCUUUAAACGUAGCGUACCGCCAUUUUAAUUACAGAACAACGAAACGAAAAAUUUCGGUUUAACCGCUUAGGCUGUAGAAAUUAGUUUUAUUUCGCUGUUAGUUCCUAAAGUAAUAAUCUAUUUAUAAGGAUUAAUGCAGCUGAAACCUUAAAGGAAGACGAGUGUUUUUGGUUGUCUCUAUAACUAUGAUAGAGCAGUUUAGAGUGGCUCCCAGGGAAAUGCCCGACACAGAUUACGAACACCAGAAUUCUCCAACACCAAUGUUGAUACACAUUUUCUGCGUUUAAUCACAAAGAGCCUUCAAUUUAAAGAUUUAUCUACUAUAAUGGAAUCGCGUAAAAAAUUGUUGGCGAUAAAAACUGGUGUCUAUAAAAAUUGGUGUCGGUCGUCUCUGUGGGACCCGUUUAGCGUAGCGACGAAAGAACUGACCGGUAAUUAAAUUAACGAUAUUAAUAAGGAAAUAACGAUUAAUGGAGUAAUUUAGGUUGCAAGAAGGACAUCAAAUGUUUGAACGUUAAAUGUGCAUUUUUGCGCACAGAAUCGACGGAGUCUUUGGAAACGUAAAUUUUUCGUUGCAUUUCGUGCAACUCCGAGGCUGAUUACGACCAAAAGCGCGUCGUUUUGUUGGUCGAAUUUUGAAACGCGAGAAACGAUUGGCGAAACGAUUGAGAUGGAUGAACAAGCGUUCGUGCGUUAGAGGCGUCUUCUUCCGUCGAUGUCCUGCUGCGUUUCGAUUACGUUAGAUAUCUCGUAGACCGCAUAAAUGUGCAUAAUAUUUCGUUAGGAGUAACGCGAACGUUCUCGAGGACGCGCAUACCCAGUAUGUGAUCCAAAAAAAAAAAGGAAAUAUAGAAAAGAAAACGUGGAAAAACGAGAAGUGUCUAAUUGUUAGGGAAAAAAGAGAGAGAGAGAAAGGAUAAUUUAUUUUUUAUAGAAGUCAGACGUAUUUUUACUCAGGCUUGGUGUCUCGCUGAUUGUCAUAAACGAUCGACAGAAGUCAACCGGUCGAGUAUCGAUUAAUUGAGCCUUCUGACAUGUUUUGUACCUUUCGUAGCGGAGGUUUGCGAAGCUUUUAGACGUUUAAGUCGUAUCGUAGGUACUUUGAUAGGUUUCGUUUCCUUUUUUUAAUUGUACAUUAUGAAUAAACGUUUUUUACAAAACAUCA